AGCUGUCUUAUUUAUGUAUAUUUAAGAAGAACAGUGUAAAUAAUACCGAUACUGCUCUCCUCUUACAAUAGGGAUGAAACAUUGCAUAUUUUAAAAUAAUAGUACCAUUGUUCAUCAUAGCACAAUUUUGAUCUGCAAAAUGAGUACUACAAGAAGGGAGACAAAAAGGUUGUUUAUUUCUGAGAUGUUACUGAUUGCUACUUAUUUCUGGUGUUGCUAUUCACUGGGGUUAGGACGGGCGCAGAUAAAUUCUGACCAAUUUCAUGAAGAAUAUCCCUUGAAGAUCCAGGCACUCGAAUUACGUCUUGAUGCAGUGGUCAAAGACUUUCAAUCCUCUACUUAUCAAUGUGCAGAAUUAGGCAAAGAAAUUUUGGAUGUGGUUGCCGAACUAAAAAAACAAGUGUCCACUUUUCAUAAUUCAAUUUCAAACGUUUUGGGAGAUGGCGAUGAGAGUCCAAAAGAAUUAUUUUGUCAGAGUAAAGGAAACCCGUCAAGAGGGCUUGUUUCAUGGAUGAGCUAUAAAUUUGGACCCGCCCUACAAAUUAUUGGACUAGUGGCAACAAUCUAUUUUCUCUCGCAACUACUGGGUGCAUUGAAGAAAUCUCAUCUUCCCAAAAUAGAGGAAAAAUGGAACACAUUUAUGCGAAAGGUCACAUUUAACGCGUCGUUUGACUAUAUGGUUGAUGUUUAUCAACCAAAUCGUUAACUUUGUCGAGAGUUGUCAUGUUGUACAUGUGUAUGUAAAUUGUAAAUACCGGUGUUGAAUAUUACGCAUGAUUGUUCACAUUAUACAUGCAAAAAUAAAACUUUAUGCAUAUUCGCAAUUUAUCAGUA